CCGAUGUUGAUUACAGUCAGGGGGGCUCGCAGGGUUCAGCGAGCGGAGGCUUGGCUCGGCAAGCUGACAUUCGUAUGCGACAAGAAAUGCAAAUGGAUGUGGCACACGGCACUCGUGACCACGAACGUCUAUCAGUCGCGACUGAUGCAGCAGCUCUUUCAUACGACGGUCACCGCCGGCCUUACGUUUACGCUACUCGACAACUUUUGUGUUUGUUUAGGGAUGUGCUCGGUGCACAAACCCACAUUCUACAAGUUUAUGCGCACUGAACCGGGGGGGGCGAAGGGAUGGAAUGCCAAGGUCGUACGGCAGGGCAUAAAAUAUUGCAAGCUUGCCAUUGACACUGUGAUGCGCCGUGGUGAGCCAGUGACAUUGAUGGUUGAUGGUCGAUAUGACUCUGCCAGAGGCGCGCAACAUUGCACUGUCACCGCGAUGGAGUACGGGACUCGGCUUGUUGUAGGUGUUCACACUCUCURUCCGAAGAUUGAAGGCAAGGCAUCGAAUGCGCUUGAGGUGCAAGCCGUCGUGCAACUUUUGCGAGGGCUGAUGGACAAGGGGUUGAAGAUCCGGUGCGUUGUUUCGGAUGAUUGUGCGGUGCUGGGACCGAAGUUGCGAGCUAUGAACAUCGAGUGGCAGAAGGAUUGCCACCACAAAAUAAAAAACAUUCGAAAGCACUUCCACAGUAUGCUGCAACUGAAGGAAGCGAAGAAAGUGAGCAGCCCCCACGACUGUGUAUCAGAGGUGCAGUUCAUGCAGUUCACGAAGAAGCGGCUAAAGGAGGCGUUGGAGCAGYGUUUUGGACCUGACGUCCUCACACCUGCUGAGGAGCGGCUGAAGAAAUCGGACUUCGUCGCUGUCGUCAUGCGAAAGAUGUACCCCUACGGAUCGAGGUUGAAUCCUYGAGUGUUGGAGACUGAUCCAGACGGCUUGACAGAGUAUCAUGCGCAUGAGGUUAGGAUGUGGUUCCUCCGCGCUUGCCAGCUGUGCAGGGACRAGGGCGGAGACGCCGACAGUCUACACCGCGACAUCAUGUUGGUCGCCGAUCAUUGGGCURGUGAUCRUUCAGGAUGUGUGGACGGACGGUAGGGAGUGGCGAGAGCAAGGAUUAGAAUCGUUUUUUUCACACAUCUAAUGGUACAAUGACAUACAAUUGCAAAAUGAAAUAAAUGAACUUCA